AAGUUGUUUCACAUGUGCUUUAAAUGUCGUGUAAACCACUAUGCAGUAGAACAAAUACUGUACAGUUUACAGAGAAUUAGAUCACAACAGAGUACACGGCAGCGGACAGCAGUAGACAUGGAGCUGGUUACUGCACAUAGAAAACACAGUCCAGCAGAGAGGGAUACUGGUGAUCAAUACAGGAGGUUAAAAAUGAAGAUGUCUGAUGAUACUUGCAUCAGUACAAAUGUGGAUGAGAAUAUCUAUGCUAAUAAAAUGGAUGAGGAUGUGUAUGCCAAUGCAGACAUCAUUAAGGCUAAUGAAGCCCCGAAAGGCACCUCCAGUCCCAUGGAACAGACAUCAAGGAGGUCUCAACAUUCAGGAUCUGAGCCUGCAGGGGCACGAUGGUACAGACUGGCCACAGUGUGUCUUGGGAUGCUGUGUUUGCUCCUGCUGUUGAUCAUCACAGUCAUUUCUGUUUACUAUAAAGGAGCUCUUCAUGAGGGGAAGGCCAACAUGUUAAAAGCAGAGAGAGAAGAGACUAAUUACAACACACUGAGGACAGAAAGGGACCAGCUACAGGCCAAUUACAGCACACUGACAAUAAAAUUUUCUCAACUAGAGGAAAAAGUUAGAUAUGCAGAAGAACACAGAUGUCCUGUGGGUUGGAACAGUUUUAGUUUAAAAUGUUAUUACAUCUCUGAUAAAAAGAACAGUUGGGUCGACAGUCAGAAAGACUGUAGAGAGAGAGGAGCAGAUCUGGUGGUCAUAGACAGCAACGAGGAACAGAUUUUCAUCAGUCAAUUCCGGAGAGCCUGGAUUGGUCUCACAGACAGAGAACACGAAGGGAACUGGAAAUGGGUGGAUGGAACACGAAUUACCAUAAGUUACUGGGCACCAGGGGAGCCGAAUGAUUCUGGGAAAGAGGAGGAUUGUGCUGAGGCAUACACAGAACAUGACACAGUGAAGAACUGGAAUGACAAAUCUUGCUCUGUAAAGCUGCACUGGAUCUGUGAAGGGGUAGUGGGGGUAGUUAAUUAAGAUCAACUACAAAGAGAUAUAUAAUUGACUGGGGAUUUUUUUUAAACGUAAUAAUAAAGUUUCCGAAAUUUCCUGUCAUAAUAUGGCUGUUAUGAAUAUGCAGAGACAAUUUUUCUUGAUUUUUUUGGUACAUUUUUGGCUUGUGUAUUAGAAUGUAUUUUCAAGUAGUUACUGAUACAGUGUUAUGCAAAAGUUUGGUGGCAUGGUGGUGAAGUGGUUAGCACUGUUGCCUCACACCUCUGGGACCCAGGUUCGAGUCUCUGCCUGGGUCACAUGUGUGUGGAGUUUGCAUGUUCUCCCCAUGUCGUCGUGGGGUUUCCUCCGGGUACUCCGGGUUUCCCCCCACAGUCCAAAAACAUGCUGAGGCUAAUUGGAGUUGCUAAAUUGCCCGUAGGAGUGCAUGUGUGAGCGACUGGUGUGUGAGUUUGCCCUGCGAUGGGCUGGCCCCCCAUCCUGGGUUGUUCCCUGCCUCGUGCCCAUUGCUUCCAGGAUAGGCUCUGGA